AUGUCUGAUGAGGAUUCACUUUCCUUUGGGGAGGAUUUCGAUGAGCUUUUAGAACUGGCAAAUAAACCACCAAAGUCAACCCAGGUAACUACUGCUCCCACGACACAGACAAAUACUAGUACGUUAACUACAGAUACCAACAAUAGUAAUGAAAGCCGAACAGAUCUAAAUGACGGGAAUGUUCUAGAACACCAAUUGAAUGAGGCAAAGGGAGAAGCAAGCGUGCUUAGAGAUAAGAUCUCACGUCUCAAUCAAGAAAGAGAACAAGAGAGAAAAUUAUUACAAGAACAAAUGACGAAAUUGAGCGAAGGCCAUAUCACUGAGGAAGGUAAUUUGAAACAAACCAUUCAAAGGUUACAAGACGAGAAAAGAUUUCUCACAAUGGGUGCAAAGACAGCUGCCGCUACAGCGGCUACUAUGGCAACCGUAUCAUCAUCAACUGCCGUAUCAUUAUCAACGUCAUCCUCGUCUCCAGUCACACCAGUAUCAAUAAAUUCCUCACGUAUAAGAAAUGCUAGUAUAAGUUUAAAUAACCGACAUAGAGGGCAACCUGGAAGUAGUGUUACUAGUUCACCUAUAGUUAAGAGAAGAAAGAUUGGUGAAACUUUACCACCACCUAAAAAAAAUGGCAAUAAUAGUCCUGCAGUCCUUUUGAAUCUUAAUAAAAUAACUGCAGAUGAAGUAAGUUUAUUAUUUGAUGCAAUUAUAUCUCAUAGAUCGGUUGGUACCGAUAUGACCACAAUAGAAAUUUUGAAUAAAUUAACAUUGAAAAAUAUUCAAAGUUCUGAAUUGAAGGAAGAUUAUAGAAUUUGGGAUAAUGAAUCUAUUGGUAAAUCAUUAUUUAUUCUGCUCUCUGAUACUAAGAAAAGUUUAUCGUUAGAUAAAUGCAUUGGGAUUCUUCAGGAGAAGAUAGCUUUUUUAAUUAAGACUAUAUGUUUUAAUGAGACCGAGUCUAACAUUGCUGUACCAUUCUUAUUGGAAAUCAUGUACCAAAUUAUUACAUUUAGACCAAGUGCUGUGAGACAGUAUGUGUUGAAAAAUACAUUUAUGUUCCUUUGUGACUUAAUACGAGUGGAAGAACAUACAUUAAUGGAAUCCAAAUUACCACAGGAUUACGAAAAUGAACAAUUACAACCACAAAUAUUUCAAUUUGAGUUAAUUAAUAACUUGGUUAUAUUCAACUCUUUUGACUUGUUGGAAAUGUCACUUAGAAUAUUACAAUCACAUCAGAUAUCAAAGGAAGAUUUUAAAUCAUUUUUUGAUCCAACUUUAAUGACUCUACUUAAAUCUAUCUAUAAGUUGGCAUUACCAAUCUCGUAUAAAAUCAAUUUUAGAGUGACUAUUAAUAUAAUAGAGACAUUAAAAACAAUAGCUAAUAUUCAGGAAAGCCUAUUACCAAUUGAUAAUGCUAAUAUUGGAAACAAGGAUUCAAGCACUGGGUCACUUUUAGAAUCUUCGUGGUGGAAUGAAUGUAUUUUCAGAGUAUAUUCGAUUUUAGAAAAAGAAAUUAAAAACACAGAUAUUGAUGAUUCAACAGAUAUUAAAUACGCACUAAAUUUUAGUCGAUAUCAUGACAGUUUUGGAUUAAUAAGGAAUAUUGGAAACGAUACCAUUGGACAAAUAAUUCCAAAAUUAAUAGAUCCGAACAUUAUUCAGGGGACACCUUCAGUAAUAUCAAAGGAUGAUUUACAAUUAACUAAUCAUGAUGAUGAUAUUGAUUUUCAAUUUGAAUAUUGGAAUUUUUUAUUGAAAAAUGAGAUAUUAAAUCUGUUUGACUCCUUAUUGGCACUAUACCCAAAUGAUUUACAAAUAGCGAAUAGUGAAAUGUUAUCAAGUUUAACGAAAUUACUUUCUAGAGAACAAGAGAUUUUGUUGGAAAGAAGCAUUGGGCAAGAUUCUCCAAAUGUCAUACAUAGGCAAGAAAUUAUUGAGCAUUUGGUUUCAACUAUCUUUAGAGUUUGGACCCAAAAUCGUCGUAAUAUAGACACUGAAAGAGUUAAAGAAUUUGAAAAUGAGUUAUUUAUGGCAUUAUGGAGAAUAGUUGCCACUAGUAAUGAUACAGUUGUAAAUCCAAAACGAAGUACUAUAGAACUUAAUGAUCAAGCUAUCCUUGUGGAUUCAUUAUAUCGAAUGGCACUUGAUGACGAUAUUAAUUAUUAUGAGGAUGCUUUUGACGAUAUACCUGAUUAUGUGAAGGAUGAAAUUGAGGCUGGACUUCAAGAACGGACUUCCAAAAUCAUGCAAAUUAAAUAUAACGAUACUUCUUUAUCGAUGGCACGUCAUAUCCUUGAAGCUGAAGUCGGUAGCUCUGUAUCUAUGGAAAAUGUAGAUUCUUUAUAUAAAGCUAUGGGUUUAUAG